AACCGGGGGCCCGUUUUUCUGCCCGCAGCCUCCUUCCUGUAGCCCGGUUGAGGAAGUGAAUUUCGCUGACAGGGCUGGGUUCAGUGAGGGAGAGGUGAGCAAAACAUCUUCCGCGGGGGGUUGAAAAAAGAAAACAAACAAACAAACAACAGAACAACAAGAGGCAAGAGGAGCGUUUCGAUAGACCACAGUGAAGCUAAGGUGCACAGACAUCGGUGAAAUCGUGCUCCCCUGCCCCGCUGAGACCGCCGCAGACAUGAAUGACCAGCAGCUGGACUGUGCUCUAGACCUGAUGAGGCGUCUGCCUCCUCAGCAGAUUGAGAAGAACCUCAGUGACCUCAUUGACCUGGUGCCCAGUCUGUGUGAGGACCUCCUCUCCUCUGUGGACCAGCCCCUGAAGAUUGCCCGGGACAAGGUGGUGGGGAAAGACUAUCUGCUCUGUGAUUACAACCGAGACGGCGACUCCUACAGAUCCCCGUGGAGUAAUAAGUAUGAACCUCCUAUUGAAGAUGGUGCAAUGCCUUCAGCUCGCCUGAGGAAACUCGAGGUUGAAGCCAAUAACGCCUUUGACCAGUACAGAGACCUGUACUUUGAGGGUGGUGUGUCCUCUGUGUACCUCUGGGACUUGGAUCAUGGCUUUGCUGGAGUUAUUCUCAUCAAGAAGGCCGGGGAUGGAUCCAAGAAGAUCAAAGGGUGCUGGGACUCUAUCCAUGUGGUAGAGGUGCAGGAGAAGUCCAGUGGUCGUACUGCUCACUACAAACUCACCUCCACCGUCAUGCUGUGGCUCCAGACAACCAAGACCGGCUCCGGCACAAUGAACCUGGGUGGCAGCCUUACAAGACAGAUGGAAAAAGAUGAGACGGUUGGAGAAUCCUCACCCCACAUCGCCAACAUCGGCCGCCUUGUCGAAGAUAUGGAGAACAAGAUUCGCUCCACACUGAAUGAAAUCUACUUUGGGAAGACCAAGGACAUUGUCAACGGCCUAAGGAGUGUUCAGACUUUGGCUGACAAGUCAAAGCAGGAGGCUCUGAAGGUCGACCUGAUGGAGGCACUCAAACGCAAACAUAACAGCUAGAGAUGCUACUGGUUUUUUUUGUUUUUGUUUUUUUUUUUGUUUUUUUUUCUUCUUUCUUUCUUCUGACUUUCACUCUCUCUGCCUCAUCUCUGCCAUCUUUUCUCUGUUUCUUUACGUCUCUCCCUCCAUGACUGUUUCAGUGCUGCACUCUUGUUUAUUUGUGGAAAAACAAAAAAGGAGAAAAUGCUUAGCUUUUUUUUUUUUUUCCUUUCGGGUUUUGCCAUGAAGCCAUUCACUCCCUCUUUCUCUCUUCAUCCCUCUCUUCUCAGUCUCUCCCAUGUUAUGAAUAUAAUGAUAGUAUUUCCACGGUUAAUGAUAAUCUUACAGUGUGAGGGUCAUUGUAAUAAUAAUCCCUGAUGUUCUCACAGCUGAUGUGUCCUUAGUCAGUUUGAAAUGAGCGACUUUGGCCCUGCUCUUCCUCCGUGGUGAGGAAACUGACUUGGACUGUGCUGUAGGUGGUGUAGGCUUGGUGGGGCUGUCAUUAUUGUGCACAUCAAAUUUAUUUCCUGCACCUGUUUUUGUCCUAUGGCACCCCCCCCCCACACACACACACACACACAAACAAACAAUUUAUUUGUAUAAAACUAUAACUGUCUAUGUAUAACUGUCAUUCUUCUGGCCAUUGUAAACGGUGCGAACACAAGGGCGGCCUUCGGUGGGUGUUAAAAGGCUUUUAUUCUUUAUUCCACUCUGUCCGCAUGCAUGUGAGCCUGUGUGGUAGCAUGGGGCCGCAGUCAUUGGAAGUGUAGAAUUAUCAAACAUGGGGGAUAGACUGUUAUAAUCACCUGUUACACCCUCGUCGUCAAACUAGUCCCCUACACUGUGUGUAACAUGACAGUUUGCCUCCCCUCUGUUCGGCUUAUUCAACUCUUCUCUCUCCUCACCUACUAUGUCUUUGUUGGGGGUCACAGUUUGUCUUUGUGUCUCGAUGGAAACCUUUGACUGUUUCCAUUUUGGAGGGGAAUCUUUUGUUGUAUUUUUGUUCUGUUUUUAUUUUGUAAAGCUUAUGAUUCAUAAUGUAUUAGAGCCUCCAGCAACAAUAAAAACGGUAAAAAGCUA